GUUUCUUCUUGAAAUUUUGCCAAAAUGGCCGCGCUGAAGCGCAAAAGAUUUCAGCUCACAUCUCUACCGUCAGAAGAGAAACAACGACUCGCCGGUUAUAUAAAACAACUUGGGGGAACUUUUAUCGAUACACAAGUAAGUCGAGUAUCGUUUUUAGAGUGAAAAUGUGAAUUUUUGUGACAAAAUGUUCUCUUAGGAGCGGGGGUAUUUUGUGGUGGUAUAAUUAUGGUAUUAAAUUGCACGUGAUGUGAUUUUUCAGAUAUUUUCCAAGCAAGUAACUCAUGUGAUAUGUGGAAAGGCAAAUCGCGGUGAAAAAUAUCUUGGUGGCUGUGCUUUAGGUACAGUGAAGAGAUCAUCUCUAGCUCUAUCAGAUGACUCAGUCACAGAGUAGAUAAGACAUACAGAGACGUAACUGACCGUUGUAAACACUGCGGAAGAUUACGUUUUCAUGUACCCACUUUUUUUCAGGCGACCGGGCGAAAAAUGAUCAACUGCGCGUGCUCAGCAAGUUUAAAGUGAGUCGUCAUCAGGUCGUCAUCCAAUCAGAUGCAUGCAUCUAGUAACUUGCCGAGCAUGCGCACAAAAAAAGUGGGUACACUAGUUACGUCUCUGUAUGUCUCUACUCUGUGACUCAGUAGUCGGUACUAUUGCUGACGUCAGCAUUAUUUUGAAAGGCCGUUAUAAGCUACGCGGUUUUCCAAACAUAAGUCGAAAUAUUUCGGUGUGCUUUCAAAAGUUUUAUAUAAUUAAUAUCAAACAUAAUUGUGGACCUGUGUGAUAAAAUAUAACUUUUCUUGAGCAUUUACUACACGGCUGCCAUGUUGGUUGUCCAAUAUUAUGCAUUAUAAAAUAACAUGUAUAUAUAAACGCGUGCUCUGAUUGGUCGAAACCCGUGUUUGGAUCAGGCCAUCCAAACACGGGAGACUAUCGUGUUGUUGUUAUUUUAUAAAACAAUUACUUUAUGGUUUCCGUGUUUGGAUGGCCUGCUCCAAACACUUGGGAAUGUUGCUUGAGUUAAGAAAAGCUCGCAAAAUCACUCGCCUUCGGCUCGUGUUUCGCGCGCUUUUCUUAACUCUCGCAACAUUCCCGCGUGUUUGGAUCAGGCCAUCCAAACACGGAAACCAUAAAGUAAUUGUAUAAUCUCAGACCACCAACAUGGCGGCCAUGUAGUAAAUGCCCAAGGAUUAUAUUUUAUCACACAGGUCCUCAAUUGUGUUUGAUGUUAAUUAUAUAAAGCUUUUGAAAGCCCACCGAACUAUUUCAACUUAGGUUUGGAAAACCGCGUAGCUCAUAACGGCCUUUCAAAAUAAUGCUGACGUCAGCAAUAUAAAUUAUUCAAGCACCUUUAACUUGCGAAUGAAUUACUGUAUCGACUUGAAAUUUGCUAGGAAUACUUGUAGUAAGGAUAUACAAAAUAUAUAAAAUGGCUUAAAUGGGCAACUAUAUAUGUUAACGCUUAAGCUUUUAGAAUUUUUAUGACGUCACAUGCAAACACUCUAUAUUGCAACAAUUGAACCUCGCCCACAGAGCUGAAAGACACUGUGCCAGUGUUGGCCACCAACUAGACUUGGUUCAAGUCCGUCUCUCAAGGGGAUGAAAAUAGUGACAUACACGACCAUGUCUAGCCACCAACAUCACUCUUUUAACUUUUUUUUCACAUGAGCCGAUUGCACUUGUCUAAACGUUUCAUUAAUCUGAAAAUCUGCUCUGUGAAAUACUUCAGGCAAAUGGGUGUUACAAAAGGAAUUUGUAGAAGACAGUUACAAACAAGGUAGUUGGCUUAACGAAGAAAAAUACGAGUGGACGUCCGACAUCCUUGAUGCAGGGACUGCAAAGAAGCUUGCGCCUCUUUACAAUGCACCCAGGAAGUGGCGACUUGCCUUGCAAAAUACUAAAGCAGGAGCAUUCAAAAGCUGGAAUGCUAUUGUUCAUAUACAAGACAACAAAAUGAAGAAAGCUUAUGAAAGGUAAUCUACGGUGAUGUUCCAAAAAUGUUUGCAACAUAAUAGAAUGUCGCUCUCAGGGACUUUUUAUACGGUAGCUGGGCCCAGCCGGGUUAGUGAAAGAGCACAGUAGUGACUCUGUGAGAUCUCCUUGGCUGGGUUGGAUCUCACUUGAAAGAGGUUGACAAGAUCAGAAUGGACAGAAAUUUCCCUGUAUACGAACAAUUACUAACCAGGCUCACUCUGUUGCCGAGAGGAAAGUACAAAAAUAUGCUGUCUAGAUCAACUCUAUAAAUAGUCGGAAAUUGUCAAAAUGACCAAAUCAUCCUGUCAGUAAGAUGGCAUUUUCAUACUGGGCAUCUUACUUAGGAAACCAACACAGGUCUAGGGCUACCCUAACCUAACCCCAUAGCCCCUUCACAAAAAAAACAUUUGAGAACUUUUAUUAAAUUUUAAAUUUCAUCUAGACUAUUGGAAGCUGGUGAUGCCACAAUUUUUAAGAAAAAGAUAUCAUUUCAAGAUUCUUCAAGCCUACCCAAAGACUUGACCCAUGUUUUUGUGGAAACAAAAUUAAGAGGGGAUGUUCUACACCUGGAAAGCAAAGGAAUUGUAGAAAUUGCUGUGCAUUCACCAGAUUAUAUACCUGAGUAUAUCAUUAAGGUAUCUAGCAGAGAUUUUACCUCAAACAGUGGGUGCCAAUGUAGGUCACAAAAAAUACAAACCGACUGUCAGGCCUAGAAAAUAUAUUUCUUUUCUUGAAUCCAAAAAUAAUACAAAUUCCUGCACAUGUAGAUUUCAGAUGGUGUGCUGCACACUGUGAUAAACUUCAAAUUCUGUGCAAAACAAUCUCGACUUGCAAAAUGCUUUAGGAAUUUGUAUACAAUCGGAAAAUUAUACAGCAUUCCAGUAUAUAACAUGACAAAAACUUCCUGCAAUGUGUAAGAAAAUUCCUGCAAAGACAUUUUGUUAAAAAUUUCCUGGCACUGCCGGACAUUUUUCAGCACUGCCAACUGUCAAAUACCGUACUUGAAAGGCAUUCCACCUGUGCAAUUAUUUCAAAAUAUUUUCAGGGUCCUAAAGAAACAUUUGUGUCAAGCAACACAAUCAUGAAAUACAACAACUUGAUGAAUGCAUAUAAAAUACCAAGAAUUGCCGAGAUCAAGAAAACUGUGGGAGCUCUUCCUGGGAAGGAAAAUGGAGCUACUGUCGAUGUGAAGGGCAAAGAGGUUGCUGGGAAGAGAGGAGUGAAGCGUCUCUCAACCGACUGUGAUCUCUGUGCGGCUAAGAGGCAAAAGACAAUGGUAAUUGUACGGACAUACAACCAACUUGAUUUUUUGGUAUUUUAGGGCAUAAAGAUGGUACAUACAUACGUACUAAUGAUAGUGUACAUAAUAUCUUACUUCUGUGCUUAUUUUCUUUCAAACAGAAUGACCUACCGCCGUAUGUUAACAUAAACUCAACACAAAAUGUGCAAAAGGUAAAAUGAAAUAUAGAAUAAAAGCCAUUGUCCUGAUGGGUUUCAGAACAAUGAAAAACAAUCAUGCUAGUUAGAACUAUGCUAGUUAGAACUAGCAUCUAAAUUUUAUAACCAUAGGGGUCUUAAAUAAAAGCCUGUCAAGGUUUCUGGUAGGCCCCUACCAUAACAUUAAUAAUCUAAUUUAUUUUUUUAAUGUAAAUAUUUAUAUGUUAUAAUAUAUGGGCAAAACGGAAAAAAAAGAAAUACACAAUAGCAGUUAGCUUCAGAAAUGUUGAAUAUUUAGACAUGAUUUGGAAGAGCAAGAAAAUUAAACUACUGUACAUCUCUCAGUUUCAUUAAUUUGACACCAAAUACAAGACUACCUACAAUCUACAUAUAAUGAGAAUAAUCAACAAUAUCUUCUCACUCUGAUAAUUGCAGGUUGAGUGAAACCCUAUACCAAAUGGACAACUUGCAUGCCGGUCAGACUAAAUUAACCACAGCGAAAAAGAACAUAAUGAAAUUAGUAAAAUUGCAAACUUUGGGUACGAAAUUAUAUAAAGCUUGGAAAAUAUAGCCUUGCAAAGUUUGCAAAUUUUGUACAUGUUUGUAUUACGUGCGGAAAUUGUUACCAUUUUCGGCUCAAAAAUGGUAACAAUUUCCGCACGUAAUACAAACACAUACAAAAUAUGCAAACUUCGCAAGAUCUAUAUUUUCCGUAUUUUACAACAUUUCGCAACCAAAUUUUGCAGUUUUACUAAUUUUAAUAAGUUCUUUACAGGAAUUUACUUUUUUUUGCCUUGAUCAAAAAUUAGUCGAACAUGCAAGUUGUCUAUUGUCCAGAGUUCAUAGUGUAAAUCCAUAAAUUGCAAUAAAACGACAUCUUCCAUCAUAAUUUUUCACAUAUUUCUCUCAGGUGCGACAUGUAACAUUUCCUGGUUACGUAUCAAAUAUUCUGGAAUCGUGUAUGGACGAAGAAUGUGUGAACCUUGGAAUGGAAUCGGUGACCUCGAGCCUUUCCAGCAACCAAGUUCCUACAUCGAAAUGGUUGCAUAUUAUUAUGAACCAUUUUCUGCUUGUGAGUAUUUUGUAAAGCAAGACAAAUGAUGCGUCUUGAGAAGUGAUCCGUCUCUGGCAUACAUCACGCUAAUCAUUUUGUUGUUUUAGAAUGCUGCAAGUGAACAACAAGCGUUCCAGAGCUACCAUUUGUUACAAAAUAUCCUGGAAGUACACCCCCCUGUCUCGUGUCAAAGUCUGUACCUUGAAGCCCUGGCAGAGCCGAUUAACGAAGAUUCACAAAAUAUUGACAAGUCAACACCUUGGGAGUUCAUUAGCAAAGUCAUCAGGUAUGGUCGACGUCACGUUUUGUGACUGCCAAAAUAUUCUAGAUUUUCCUAACAGUUCAGUUUCAUUCUUUUUUAGAAAUUCCUUAGGGAAGCAAGGCAAUGAACGGAUGGACAGGUAACAUACUCAAAGUUUGUAAGUCCAGUAGCAACCAUGUUUAAUCAUAGAUGAUUAUGUGGUAAUAGAGAAACAUGUCAUCUGAAGUAGCACAGUGUUCCAGAUUUGCAGUAUCCUUACUGGUAUCCUGAUGAUACCAAUUUUGGAUACCAGAUGAUCAAACCUCAGUACCUCAUUGGGAUUCUCAAGAGGUUCUUGCGUGAACCAUUUCCGCAUGUUUAAUCACGACAAUUACAAAAGGGAAGAGGUUAUUUCGCUGGCCUCACUGAGUGACGAAACGUAACAAAGCAACGGUUUUACUAACACUAACCCUUUUCCAAGUUACACCAACUCUAAUCCUAACCUAACCCUACUCCAAGUUUGUUUCUAAACCAAAUCUUGAAGAAAAUUUUUUGACGAAAUGUCAUUUUGAGGUCAGCGAAAUAACUUUUUCCUUACAAAAGUCAGUUAGCACUCACUGUAGUUCUAAAUUUGUUUUUCAUUGUUAUAACCAAGCAAUCACAGAAACUUUUUCGACAGCAUCAUGAUGACCAGUAAUUAAGUUCAGACUUCAUGGGGUGUAUUAAAAAAAUUAAAAACAAAAAACUUCAUACACUUUUUUUUUCGAGUAAUACACCCUUCGACCAAAGUACAGCGACGUGCUGACAUGCUUUUUUCCUAUUCAGGAUGCAGAGCAAUGCAAGCUUACUCCUAAAGUUCUUUGAUAACUUAUUGAAACUGGACGGCUGUAAUGGUGGACAAGCAAGUUCAAUCAUAACUCGCAUACUGUGGCCUUCGGAUUCAGUUUGCCAGUCAAACGCAGAAAUUAAAGAGUUUGUGGCGCUUUGUUGUGAAGCCGUGAAAUUGGCAGUUGAUGGCGACAGUAAGGUAAGAUGGAAUGGAGGAUUCCAGCAGGUAUAGACGAAAUUUUGAUCUGGGCAAGAACAGCAAAAUCCAUCACAACAGCUAGAAAGAGCAUGUUAAAAUGAGUAAAAUUGCAAAGUUUGGUUGCGAAAUGUUGUAAAAUGAGGAAAAUAUAGCCCUACGAAAUUUGCAAAUUUUGUAUUAAUUUGUAUUACGCACGCGGGAAAAUGCACCACUUUCGGCCCAAAUGUGGUGCAUUUUCCUGCGCGUAAUACAAAUUAAUACAAAAUUUGCAAAUUUCCCAGGUCUAUAUUUUCCGCAUUUUACAACAUUUCGCGGCCAAACUUUGCAAUUUUACUGAUUUUAACUUGUUCUUUCUAGCUGUGGUGAUGGAUUUUGUUCUUCUUGCCUAGAUCAAAAUUUAGUCUAUACCUGGAAUUGCCUACUGUAUUUCACCAUCAUUUAGAUAGAUAGAUAAACUUUAUUUAAACACGCUGACCCCGUCAACCGAAGCUGGUUUCCACGAGGGGCGUGCGAAAAGUAUACAGAAAAUAAUAAUUUUAAAACUAUUUACAAAAUUAUAUAAGAUAUAUAGUAUUAUAUGAACUAACAAACUAAGGUAGUAAUCUAUAUACAGGUAAUAUUAACAUCUAUGUUAAUUAGCUAUCAAUCAAUGUGAGUAGCGAUUUUCGAAAGGAAGAAAAGGAUUUGCUCUCUCUUAUUUCUUUAGGAAUAGAAUUCCAAAGGUGUGCUCUGUCAUACACGGAACUUUUUUUCACAUUAUUAGUCUAAGGGUGGACCAUUCUGUCUAAGGGUGAACCAUAUAGGUGGUUUCAGCAGAUGGUGGUCAACCUGCAGUUAUCAAAGACGAUUAUUAAGAAAACUUUAAAUUUUUCAUUUUCUAGUUGUCUAUCUGUCACGUGUUACUUGACUGGUUGUCCAUGGCAGUCACCUUAAAGAAACGUGAUGACGUCAGCGGCCAGGCCUGCGAAUCUCUUGCACAGCAGUUGUUUAUGGAAAUCUCCAAAACCGACUCCUAUGACGCUACGAAGCUACUCCUCCAGGGCUGUCACUGUUCAUGGCUAAAAAUGAGAAUACUGGAAUUAAUUUUGGAGAAUUUUGAUAAACGAUUGAUACCACAAGAAUACAAGCAACUGCUUAGCAAGACUUUAAAGUUGAAUAAAAUUGUACGUAAAUAUAAUUUAUACUAGUUUUUUUCUCGUGUCACGUCCGCGUCGUAGAUUUGGUGUAUCUUAAGCUCCCUAAUGAACGCAAGGUGUCCUAACUGUGUCCAUUCUUUCUCAGGUUUUGUGCUAUUUCUUUCUUCUCCCAAACAUGAAAGGGAUGGAGGAAAUGAAAGGGAUGGUGGAACAGAAGUCAACGGUCGCUAGAAGGACAAGGAAAAAUGGAAAAGGUGGUGUACGAUUAAAUGUAUUAAUUUGUGAAAAAAUUGACACAAAUACAGUACCAAAGGGCAGAGCCCGCUAACCGCAUCAGGACAGGAAAAAAGAAAAAUAACAAGCUUUCAUCGGUAAUGAUGCAACUACCUGAAAAAUAUAAGGAGAAUUUCAAAUUCUCCCUGAAAAAUAUAAGGAGAAUUUCAUAUUCUCCCUGAAAAAUAUAAGGAGAAUUUCAAAUUCUCCCUGAAAAAUAUAAGGAUUUCACAUUCUCCCUGAAAAAUAUAAGGAGAAUUUCAAAUUCUCUCUGAAGAAUAUAAGGAGAAUUUCAUCCCUACCAAAGAAAGCUUGUUAUUAUUGGCACUAUACCUAUACUGGCACAGAGAGUUGAAGAAAAAUAGCGACACAGAUUGAAACGAAGAUAGAAUAACAGGAGUAACUUAUCAUUGUAUGUUGUUUUAGGAGAGACUCCUCUACAUUUAGCCUGUAUCCGUAACGAUGCUAUGAAAGUUGACGAAAUAUUAAAACAAAAAGAUUUGGAUGUCAAUAUGACAGAUCAUGCUGGCUGGACGGCAUUGCACGAGGCUUGUAACCGCGGCUAUGUGCAAUGUGUCAAGAAAAUAUUACAGUAUCAUGGUAGGUUUUGUGACAUGUAUAUCUUUGUUAUGGUACUUGUGUAUUGGUGGGCUUAAGAAAUACGAGAUGUAGUUUAGUUUUGUUGCUCUCUGUGUGUCUCAACAUUUCUGAAAUUGACCACCAUUUAUUUAUUUGACUUUGCCAACUAGGGCAGGGUCACCACAACACCAUAUGCCAAUCCUAACCCACCCUGUCGGCUUCCCCUGUGGGAGGAACCUGGAGCACCCGGAGAAAACCCACGGCAUUCGGCAGAGCGUUGACUUUUACUCUUUUCACACGAGGACUGGGUUCGGGUCGCAUUGAGAAAGUUCUCGCUGGGAUUUGAAUAUGCGACCUCUGAGGUGAAAGGCAAGUGCGCUAGCCACUUCGCCACCGAAGGCCCAAUGCUUAAGAUACAUUUUCAAUACGUUUUUACAUAUGGUGUUUUAUCACAUACUUGUACCUAAACCUUUAUCAGGUAGGAAGCAGCGGGACAUAAAAACGAUAUCGUCCCGGAUAUCGUUUUUUGUCCCGCUAAAUUUCGGGUUAUCGUUCCAUGUUUCGCGCACCAAUAUAGGUUAGGGUUAGGGGUUAGGUUAGGGGUUAAGGUUAGGGUUAGGGUGUGUAUAUAUAUGUAUAUGGAGGUAUCUAGGGAACUUUUCAGUACACUAUAAUAUCCAUUACAUAACGUUUACUAUAUUGGUGCGCGAAAAAUGGAACGAUUACCAAAUUUCAUCCCUCGAGCGAUAAAACUGAUAUCACCUCAUCCCUUAUAUGAUAACCUAUAUAUAUAUAUAUCUACAGAGAAAACGAACAAAGUCAACUUACUGGCAUGUCCUGACGAUGGUGUGACAGUUCUUCACGAUGCUGUGUUCAAUAAUCAUCUAGCCGUGGUGAAGCUGCUUACUCAAGCUGGAGGUUAGUACAGUCUGGGUUUUCUUUACCUUGCCAUUUGAAUCGAAUCUGAAAUUUUUUAUCAAAGAUUAUAAAGACGAUGAUAUAUAUAGUGGCUGUUGUCCAUAAAGGACAACUCCUUAUCGAUCCAGUGUAGCGGCAGGAAGAAAC